GCCGCAGGGUAAGGUAGUAGAGUAGGUAGUAGUACCGUCGGGAACCGGGCAGAGGGGGGUUAUACAUGAUCCAAACCCAUCUAUAUAGAACAGAUCAUGUCCCUCGCUCACCCGGCCUGGUUAGUUGUCCUUGUCUUGUAUCCCAUCCGGUCUGAUCGGCGAUAUCUCAGCGAUACUUGCCGGCCUCGCUCAGCCAAAACCUCGCCCCGGACGACAUUCGUUCCUGUACAAGUCGGACCCUCGGAUCGAAACAGCCGCAACGCGACGUCGUCAUCAUGGCAUCCGUGACGGAAGAAAAGACUGUCGGCCUUAGCCGUGCCGACAGCACCAACAGCAACAAGCUCGGCCAGGUCAUGUCCGGCAACGGCGCUGCCGUCGCCCAGCAGUACGGCGAGACCCAGCGCGGCCUCAGCCCCCGUCACGUCCAGCUCAUGGCCAUUGGCGGUUCCAUCGGCACCGGUCUCUGGGUUGGCAUCGGCGGUGUCCUCUCCAAGGCCGGCCCCCUCUCGCUCCUCCUCGGCUACACCUUCUGGGGACUCCUUUUCAUCUGGCCCCUCAACCUGUCUGUCGCCGAGAUGUGCGCCUACCUGCCCAUCCGCGGCACCAUCUUCGAACUCGCCUCCCGCUUUGUCGACCCUGCUCUCGGUUUUGCCAUGGGAUGGACGUAUUUCUUUGCCGGUCUCAUGCUGGUGUGCACAGAGUACAGCGCGGUGGCCACCGUCAUCAGCUACUGGAACGCGGACAUCAACCCGAGUGCCUGGAUCGCCGUCGCCAUGGUCUCGUGUGUCGCCGUCAACCUGAUCGCCGUCAAGUACUACGGAGAGUCCGAGUUCAUCAUGGCCUCGACAAAGGUCGUCUUGCUCGUCGGCCUGUGCCUCAUCACCCUCAUCACCAUGUCCGGCGGGAACCCGACCAAAGACGCGUACGGGUUCCGCAACUGGAGCGGCGGUAACCACAUCCACGCCUACUUCACCGACGGCUCGACCGGACGCUUCCUCGGAUUCUGGAAGGUCGUCAUCUACGCCGCCUUCACCAUCGCCGGCCCCGACAUGAUUGCCCUCGCCGCCGGCGAGAUCCAGAACCCCCGCCGCACCAUCCCCCGCGUCGCCAAGCUCAUCUUCUACCGCCUCGUCGGCUUCUACGUCGUCGGCGUCCUCUGCGUCGGCAUCAUCUGCAGCUCGCGCGACCCCGGUCUGCUGGGCGCCAUCGAGAACGGCGAGCCCGGCGCCGGCGCUUCGCCCUGGGUUAUCGGCAUCAAGAACCUGCACAUCAAGGCCCUCCCCGACAUCAUCAACGCCUUCAUCCUGCUUUCUGGAUGGUCCUGCGGCAACGCCUACCUCUACUCCACGUCCCGCACUCUCUACGGUCUUGCUCGCGAUGGCCAGGCCCCCAAGUUCCUGCUCAAGUGCACGUCCGCCGGCGUCCCCAUCUACUGCGUCCUCGUCGUCACCCUCAUCUCCUGCGUCACCUUCCUCGUCUCGUCCAACUCCGCCGUCGAGGUGUUCUUCUGGUUCGUCGACCUGACCACGACCGCCCUGAUCAUGACCUACACCUUCAUGCUCAUCACCUACAUGGGCUUCUACCGCGCCCGCGUCGCCCAGAACUUCCCCCCCGAGACGCUGCCUUACCUCGCGCCCUGGAGCCCCUACUUCCCCGCCCUGGCGCUGCUCCUCGGCAUCCUCGCCCUCAUCUUUGUCGGCUUCGACAACUUCUACCCCUUCAGCGUGCGAGGCUUCAUCACCUCCUACUUUGGUCUCAUCUUCGGCGUCUUCACUUUUCUCGUCUGGAAGGUCUUGAAGAAGACCAAGUUUGUCCAGCCCAAGGAGGCCGACCUCAUCAGCGGGAAGGCCGAGGUCGACGCCGAAUGCCGCCACUGGGAGGAGGGUGGCAUCGAGGAGGUGGAGAGGCAGAGACUGUCUCAGAUGUCGGUUCUCCGGAGAACCUGGGAGAAGAUGUGGUAAACGGCUUUUUGUGAUUAGAUGAUACCUACUUUUGUUACCGUUACAAUGACAACUGUUGUCAACUCAACCUAACCUUGAGUCUGCUUCCUGAACGAACUGCCUCGUCAUCCAAAAGACAUGC